AUGGAACAAACACAAAUUGAACCACCAUUUCAAAGAGAAAUGAGAGGAGUCAUUUCUACAGCAAUAGAUGAAAAUAUUGAUGCUUUAGAAGAAACUCUUAUUGAUAUUAAAGUAACAUCUGCCAAUGUUAUAUAUAAUGCUAUUGACUCAUAUGCAGAUUAUAUAUCAAGUAUAUUAGAUAAUAAAAUCACAGAAUUAAUGAAUCAUCAUUUAGGAAGUGAAGACACAACCCCAAUAACACCACUUAUUUCUAUUGAACCCAUUAUAGAAGAAUUAAAUUAUACUAUGAAUGCAACAAAUAAAAAAGAAGUCCAACCUCAACAAAAUAUUUCAAUGACAAAAAAAAUCAAUGACCUUUUACUAAAUGAUUUAAAAGAAACAGAACAAUUAUUUAUUGAAUUAGAAACUCAUUUUCAUUAA